AUGUCACUAUCCACUGGCAUACGUCUUUUGGACUUCGCACCUUUGCUGCCAAUUACCAUCGCUGUGACAUACGUCGCUUCUGUCGUGUUUGGCUGGGAGCAGACUCUGGCUCGACGCAUUCAAGCACAUGUCAAGAAGGAUACGGCUCUGCUGCCUAAGGAUAUCGCUGAUACCAAGCCUCAAGAAAGCCAAAGCUGGACCUCACACAUAAUCUCUGCCGCUGUACCCAUGGCCCAUCAUUAUGUCACCACGACAAAGCUCUAUUCAAUGGAGAGGUCUGAAAGGAUCUCUGUCAAUGUCUGUCUUUGUCAAAUUGCUAUCGUAAUGGUCGAGUUCACAAUUCAUUACAUUCGAUACCGUGACAGCAGAAGAGGCAGAUUGUUAGCUCUUGGUGCUGCCUGGGGCGCUAUGACUUUGAGAACCCUUUCUCUUGUGUCAGAUACAAAGUGGACUAAUCUAACGACUUCGGUCUGUAUUGCGACUCUCGGUGUUGUCUCGAUUCUGCCGGAACCACCAGCACCAUAUCAAGUCUCAUCCAGAACCCCAAGUCAGGACGUGGAUAAGUCCGAGAAAGCAGAUCCUCUGGAUACCAAAAUCAAGAUCUCAAGAUCUUCAAGUGUUGCCUAUCAUAUUUGCAGCAUCUCUUUAUUGCUGGUGUAUCUACUCCACGACUACCCAUCGCUAUCAGCCCAAGUUUUCUAUAUCUUCCCAUGGUCGAGCUCAAUAUCUCACUGGCUACUGGUAUUUGCACUUAUGCUACUACGAAUGGGCGUGGACAAUUGGCAAGCCACGUCUCGCAACCAACAGAUAUGGGUGCAGCAUUUCCAAGAUUUUGUCAUCCAUGCUUAUCAAGGAACUCCAGAUUUCAUGCGAGGUGGUGUUUUAAUGCCAAUCUCCGUCUGUGGUUUCUGGUUCGGUCUCUUCUUUCUGGCUAAUUACAUGACUUCGUGUCUUGGGUUCCGUAGACUGAUACUGGAUGAGCCCAGGACCAGGCCAAAGUUUAUGGAUGGAGGAGUCUUUGGUGCAGUCUUGUAUCAGAUGCUUGUCGGGUUACAAAUGUUUCUUCGGCGGGGAAAAAUUGGACCUGGUGUUCAUGUCUUCCACCUCCUGAUGGUUUUUGGUGUUGCGUUUGCGCAAACAGUGACAGCUGUUGUGACCAUCGCGGCUGGGUUGUUUGUCUGGAGAUUCUUGUUUCAUUGA